UAUCUUUGUUGAGUUGAGUUGUGACUUGUGUUGGAUUGGUUAUUCGUAGACCACAACAAUCCACAUUGAAGUCGAUGUACUUUACUUGUUAUAAACGUUUACUUAGAAUCCUUGAAGUAUCGAGUGAAAGAUUGACUUCUGUCAACCAAGUUCGUCAUCAUGGAAGAUGAUUUUGACUUUGAGAAUGAAUAUGCGGAUGAUUUUGAGGCAAUGCGAGAAAUGGAAAUGGAGAUGGAAGCAUCAGAGAGAGGUUUGACUCAAAAGAAAACCACGUCCUCGGAAGCUGUUAGCAAAUCUCAGAAAUUGUCAUCAGAAAGCAUUCUUCAAAGUUCAACAAGAGAUAAAGCCAAUGGACUCCACCAACUUCACGACAGUCAAUCAGACCCAGUGUCUGCCCUGAACAAAGACAAUCAAACGUCGAGAAGACUUGAAAAUGGACUCGCAAGAGAAGAUGAGGAUACCUCAUCGGAGAGGAGAGCCAAGAAACGAGAUAUUGAAGAGAUGUUUGGGCCAAUGUCUGACAGCGAAGAUGAGUUGGUCAUAGAUGCUCCUCUUCCCACUAUCACAUCUACUGCAAAACGUGCCCGGAAGCUCUUCCAUGAGUCCAACAAGGCAGCUGAUGAGAGUGCAAUCACGCCACCUGCCUCACCAACAGCCAAUGAGAAAAUCCUUCAACAAGUUCAACGACACAGAGAAAUGGCCGCGCCGAAAGGUCAAACCCAUGACCACACGAGGGCGGUUUCUCCAGGUGAUCCAGACAGACCGGUGGGAUACAGACGUCUUCAGGUAUUGCUGAGGGAACCGCCAGGAUUGUCAGCUCGACUCACCUCGCAGGAUGGGCGACGAGUCUAUUUAAGGAUGAAGGAAGUGGAAAGUGUUGAGGACCAGAUGAAAGGCAAGACAGUCUCCAAGCCGAAGCGAGUUGGUCCUCUACGUCUCCUGUCAAUACCCGUUGAGCUGAUGAGGGAUGAAAUUGAGAAUGAGAGACAUGAGAGAUUAAUGAAAGAUGCAGACAGGAUCUCAUCCCAACUCAAGAGAGAUCUAGCUAAGAAACUUGAGAUGGUUGAGCCGGAGGAUGCAGACGAUGAGAGAGAAGAUGAGGAGGAGGGAGUAGAAGAGAAGUGCUCUGCAUUAUGGGUGGAUCAGUACGCCCCAAAACGCUACACCGAUCUACUUAGUGAUGAUGGAAUAAAUCGCAAUCUUCUCUUCUGGCUGAAACUCUGGGACAUAUUGGUAUUUGGAAAAGAGAAAAAACAAAGGAAAAAACCACAACAUCAUCAACAACAACAACAACAACAACAACAACAACAACAACAGCAGCAGCCCGAUGGAAAGGGCCCGAAGCAGUUUAAGAAGAACUUCAAGUUCAAUUACCAACAUGAGGAAAUACAGGAGGAGCUUGACGCACAGAAUCGACCUGUUCAUAAGAUAGCAUUGCUGUGUGGUCCACCAGGUCUAGGGAAGACGACAUUAGCGCAUAUCAUAGCAAGACAUGCUGGAUACAACGUGGUAGAAAUGAACGCCAGUGAUGAUCGUAGCGUAGAUGUUUUCAAGAACAAGUUGGAGUCCUCAACACAGAUGAAGUCUGUUCUUACAAAAGAAAGGAGACCCAACUGUCUGGUCAUUGAUGAGAUUGAUGGUGCCCCAGCGCCUGCAAUCAAUUGUCUCCUAGCAUUCAUCAAAGGAGGUCCAGAGGGCGCUGCCUCAGCAGCUGCCCCCAACUCAAAGAAGAAGAAACCCAAGCUGUUACUGCGGCCAAUUAUCUGCAUUUGUAACGACCCUUAUGUUCCAGCUCUGAGGCAGCUCAGACAAGUCGCGUUUGUGACGCACUUUCCCUCUACCCUCACCACCAGGCUAGCGUCAAGACUCAAUCAGAUCGCAAAGACCAAUGCUUUACGUACAGACAUGACGGCACUGAUGGCUCUAUGCAAUAAGGCAGAUAAUGAUAUACGAUCCUGUCUUAAUACACUACAGUUUAUCCACAGUCAGCGCAAAGUAUUGAGUCUUGGCCUCGUGCAUUCGUUGAGCAUCGGCCAGAAAGAUAAAAACAAAGGCUUCUUUACAAUCUGGCAAGAAAUCUUCAAACUUCCCUUGCCUAAAAAAAAGCAGUACGCCAAUCCACAUGACGUGGCCUCCGGUAAAGCAACGUUAGGCCAGUCAUUAGACGGUUCAAAUGACAAGAAGAAUCCUACGUCCAUGACAGAACGCUUCAACAAUGUAGUCCAGUUGGCACAGUCUGCUGGCGAUUACGAUAAACUUGUGCAAGGAAUAUUUGAGAAUUAUUUGGAGGUGAAAUUCAAAGACCCAAGACUUGAUGCAGUGAAUCUGGCCAAUGAUUGGUUAAUCUUCCAUGAUCGUUUGAAUAGUGUCAUAGCUCACACUCAGAACUACGUUUUCUAUCGCUACCUUCCAUACACACCAGUCACAUUUCAUCUACUAUUUGCGUCGUCUGGCCAGCAACGCCUAAAGUACCCCAACUCUUCAUAUGAGAACUUCAUCAAGCAGACGAAAAACAGCAAUCUGUUGACAACAAUCUUGACUGGAGUGUCUCCAAACACGGCUUGCUUCUUAGAUCCACGUCUCUCCGUCCAAGAAAUCUUACCCCUCCUCUUGAUUAUCUUGCAACCAACCUUUCGACCGGUUAAUACUCAGUUAUUCAGCGCUCAGGAGAAACGCCACAUGAAGGAACUUAUAAACACGAUGAUUGCUUACAACUUGACAUACAACCAAGAACGGAGUGCUGAGGGACAGUAUAACUAUGUCCUGGAUCCGAAUCUGGAUUCUGUGGUCCGUUUCAGCAGCACACCCCAAAUGAAGCAGAUGACAUACGCAGCUAAGCAGCUCAUUGCUAGAGAGAUUGGCCUUGAGAAGAUGCGACGUAGUGAAGCAGCUAUCGGAGGAAAAAAUGCACCAUACGAAACAUCUAAGAAGGCAGUCAAAGUCACAGCAGGUGGCAAGAAGGACGGGCCCAAGGUCCCCGCCAGACAUCUGGAGAAAUUAAAGCCCAAGAAAAUACAGGACGAAGAAGAGAAGCCUUUAAGAGACUUUUUCGGCCGAAUCAUCAAGAAGAAAGUUCCAGAGCCCAUAAUACGGGAUAAUGAUCAAGAUGGUACCAGUACGGACACCAGCCAAAAAGACAAAGCAAGUACCAGGCAACAACAACAGCAAGAUCUUUCCGGUAAACUGUGGUACAAGUUCAAUCAGGGUUACAGUAACGCUGUACGCAAGACAGUACGGAUUCAUGAUCUAAUGUAAGACUGAGCAGGAGGGAGUAUAAACUGCUCACAAAAAGUAAGGACACUUUUUUCA